GAAUUUCUAUAUCCAUUUUUAAUCCUUACCUAAUCACCAGAGAUACACUAUAUAUAUAAUAAGCUCCAAUCUUUUAAGUAGCAUCAUCAUUCUCACUUCUCAGGUGUUUGUAUCUAUCUUAACACCCUCUUAAGCUAUCAGUUUGUCAAAAAUGGCAACUUUCCACAGAUUGCUCAUCAUUGCCCUUUUUAGCAUUGUGUGCUCAACGCUUUCCUACAAUUUCGCCGAUGCAGCUGAUACUGGCAUCACCAGGCACUACAGAUUCAAUAUUAACAUGCAAAAUGUGACAAGAUUAUGCCACACCAAGAGCAUUGUCACAGUUAAUGGGCAGUUUCCAGGGCCUCCAAUUGUUGCUCGAGAGGGUGAUCGACUCAUUAUCAAUGUUGUCAACCAUGUCAACAACAAUAUUACCAUCCACUGGCAUGGGAUCAGACAACUACAAAGUGGAUGGGCAGAUGGACCGGCAUAUAUAGCACAGUGCCCCAUACAAAGUGGUCAAACUUAUGCAUACAACUUCACCAUUGUUGGUCAGAGAGGCACACUUUGGUGGCACGCACACAUUUCUUGGCUCCGAUCAACUCUUUAUGGACCUAUCAUUAUUCUUCCUAAACGGGGUGUUCCUUACCCUUUUCCCCAGCCCUAUAAGGAAGUUCCUCUUAUCUUUGGAGAGUGGUGGAAUGCUGAUACUGAGGCAGUCAUUUCCCAAGCACUGCAAACUGGAGGUGGUCCAAAUGUAUCAGAUGCAUACACCAUCAAUGGCCUUCCAGGACUAUUAUACAAUUGCUCGGCUAAAGACACGUUCAAAUUGAGUGUAAAACCAGGAAAAACAUAUCUCCUUAGGCUGAUAAAUGCUGCACUCAAUGACGAACUCUUCUUUAGCAUUGCCAAUCACACUCUUACAACAGUAGAUGUUGAUGCUCUUUAUGUUAAGCCCUUUGAGACAGAUACAAUUAUCAUUACUCCUGGGCAAACUACCAAUGUCCUCCUCAAGACUAAAGCUUAUCAUCCUGAUGCUACCUUCGUUAUGAUGGCUCGGCCUUAUGUUACAGGAAACGGCACCUUUGACAAUUCUACUGUUGCUGGAAUCCUUGAAUACCACCAUCCUAAACCAUCCACUUCAAUCAAGAAGCUUCCUCUUUUGAAGCCAACACUUCCAGCUCUAAGAGACUCUUCUUUUGUUACCAACUUCACCAACAAACUUAAAAGCCUAGCAAAUGCCCAAUACCCAGCAAAUGUACCAAAGAAAGUUGAUAAACACUUCUUCUUCACAGUAGGGUUAGGAACAAACCCAUGCCCUAAAAACCAUACAUGUCAAGGCCCAACAAAUACCACCAUGUUUGCAGCAUCUAUUAACAAUGUCUCCUUUGUCAUGCCUACAAAAGCUCUCCUGCAAGCACAUUUCCUCCGCAAUUCAAAUGGGGUUUUGACAUCCGAACUUCCCUUCUCACCACUAAUGGCAUUCAACUACACCGGAACACCACCUAACAACACGAAUGUGAUAGAUGGGACAAAGGUGGUGGUACUUCAAUAUAACACAAGUGUGGAAUUAGUUAUGCAAAGCACGAGCAUACUUGGUGCAGAAAGUCACCCACUUCACCUACAUGGGUUCAACUUCUUUGUGGUUGGACAAGGUUCUGGGAAUUUCAAUCCUAAAAAAGACCCAGCAAAGUACAACCUUGUUGACCCUGUUGAGAGAAACACUGUUGGUGUGCCAGCAGGAGGUUGGGUUACCAUUCGUUUCCUUGCAGACAAUCCAGGAGUAUGGUUCAUGCACUGCCAUUUGGAAGUUCACACUAGCUGGGGUUUGAAGACGGCAUGGGUUGUACAAGACGGAAAUCUGCCUAAUCAGAAGCUGCCACCACCACCAUCUGAUUAUCCAAAAUGCUGAAACUGGUUCACUCACAAUUUUCUGCAAUGACUCUAACACAGAUUGAUUCUGAGUUUUUCCUAGGUUUUUUUGUGUGUGUUAAUUUCUGUUUCAUGAAUUUCACAGCCCCUAUAUUUUUUCUUAACUUGUGAACCCCUAUGAAGGAAGAGCGGCUUCUUCGCCGUAGAAGGAUUUCAUUUGAAAAAAAUUACUGAGUUAAUCAACUGAGAUACACUCUCUAUAUAUAAUAAGCACCAAUCUUUUAUGUUC